AUGUCCUCCACAAUCAUCACAUCAUUCAGUGGUGCCCUUCAGGCUUCGCUCUCCGUCCUUCUGGUCAUCUUUUAUGGUGUUGUCGCGGCGCAGUUCAACCUGCUCGAUAAUGCUUCAGCCAAGCGCGUCUCCUACCUCAGUGUGAAGCUCUUUCUACCAUUCCUGCUCAUCACUAAAGUAGGCAAAGAGCUCACACUGCAAAACGCAAGCAACUAUGUGCCUAUCCUGAUAUGGGCUAUCUUUUACACAGCAAUAUCAGUGGGCAUUGGCAUGGUGAGUGUGAAGUUAUUCAAAUUACCGCCAUGGGUGACGCCCGCCAUCGCUUUCAACAACACUACUUCUCUACCUCUUCUUUUGGUUCAGUCUAUGGAAUCUACCGGCAUUCUAAGUGCCAUUCUGAAAGACAACGAAGAUGUCAGUGAGGCAAUCUCAAGGGCACAGAGCUACUUCCUAGUCUGCUCUGUCAUUAGCAAUUGUGCAACCUUUGCUGUUGGGCCACGGUUGUUAGAUGGUGAAGAAGGCAGAGACGACGUCGGUGACAACAAAGAUAGUGGUGGCGAAGAUGGUCAAGCAUAUCCCAAUAGGAACGGAGCUGUGAGCACCUGGAGUGGUAACGGACUGCAACGACAGCAUGACCAGUAUGCCGAGCCAGGCUUCUCGAGCCACGAAGAAGGCUCCGACGAAACAACAUCACUAUUGCCCGACCGGUUAAUCGCAGCACAUACCCAAGUCCACAACCAACUCCACGACAGAACCCACAACUUGCUACAUCAAGCUCACUUCCACCCCGAUGACUUCUCAUCUCGCACAAAGUCAUUCUGGUCAGUCAUCGCCGACUUCUUCAACCCACCUCUUAUCGGUGCAGUAAUAGGCUUCAUCAUCGGACUUGCCCCACCUCUUCACCGAGCCUUCUUCUCAAAUUCAAACGAAGGCGGCAUUUUCACCGCUUGGCUCACUCAAUCUGUCACAAAUACGGGCGAGCUAUUCGUCAGCCUACAAGUCAUCUUGGUCGGAGUAAAGCUUGCCUCCUCGCUCCGAAAGAUGAAACGAGGCGAAGGAGACAGGUCAGGUCACAUGUCAUGGGGCGCUGCGGCCUUUGUCUUUGGAAUACGAUAUAUCUUUUGGCCGAUUGUGAGUAUACCCAUCAUUUACGGUCUUGCGAAGCGGGGUGUUUUGGACAACGAUGCUGUGUUGUGGUUCAGCAUGAUGGUUAUGCCGUCUGGACCGCCAGCUAUGAGUCUCAUACCGAUGGCAGACGUGAGUGGCAAGGAUGAGGCUGUCAAGAUGACGGUGGCGAAGCUGCUUACUGGUAUGUAUGCACUUAGUCCUGUGCUUGCGUUUGUGGUCACAAUAGCUCUUAAAGCUGCACAGAGUGUAUGA